CAAUUUAUGAUAAAAAUUAAAAACCCUUAAAAUUAUAUAUUCUGCUGUAAACUGAAAAUUGUUUUACCGACAGUGGUGGAUACUGGAUAGGUCAGUACUUCCCGACUUCCCGUUGUUCCCUGGUAUUAUAGGUCAUGCUAUGCUAUAUGUACCCACAAUUUCAUCAGUUCCUACUUCCUACUUGCUACCAAACUGCUCUUCGGAUCAUCUUGUUUACAAAAAUGGCUUUCUGUAAUCCACCUACCCUUUUACAUUCAUCGUCUUCCCGGCCUCAAUUCCAUUCCAACUCCAAUCAUAUCCUCGUCCGACGAAUGCCGCGAAGAUUUCUCACCAUAUCUAUGGCGAAAAAUUCAACAACACCGAAUGCUGAUAAUGACCCAAAACCCACAAAAUUCGUCACGUUUUUGGGUAAAGGCGGUUCUGGUAAAACCUUUUCCGCCAUAUUUGCUGCUCAGCAUUAUGCAAUGGCUGGGCUUAAAACAUGUUUGGUCAUACACUCGCAAGAUCCCACUGCAGAUUAUAUACUUAACUGUAAGAUUGGAACAACUCCUGUUACUUGCAAUGACAAUCUUUCAGCUGUCAGAUUGGAGACUACAAAAAUGAUUCUUGAACCACUUAAACAAUUAAAACAAGCUGAUGCUCGUCUCAAUAUGACACAAGGAGUCCUCGAAGGGGUUGUGGGAGAAGAGUUUGGUGUUCUUCCUGGAAUGGAUACAAUCUUUUCAGCAUUGCAACUUGAAAAGCUUGUAGGAUUUUUAAGGAACAAAACUCAAAAGAAUAGCUUUGAUGUAGUCAUAUAUGAUGGUAUAAGCACUGAAGAAACAAUAAGAUUGAUAGGUGCAACUGGUAAAUCAAGAUUGUAUUUGAGAUUUUUGAGAAAGUUGGCUGAAAAAACCGAUUUGGGGAGGUUGGCGGGUCCCUCGAUAAUGAGACUUGUAAAUGAGGCUUUUAAUGGAGGCACUAGUAGUUCUGGAUUCAAUGGGCAACUUAGUGGAGAAAUAUGGGAUAAAUUAGAGCACAUGUUAGAGAAAGGGUCAUCUUUCAUCACAAAUCCAGAGUUAUUCGGGUGCUAUUUAGUGAUGGAUAUGAACAAUCCAAUGUCAUUAAAUGCUGCAUUACGUUACUGGGGAUGUGCUGUUCAAUCUGGAGCACUUGUUUCCGGUGCAUUUGGUGUGACAAAUUCAAGUUGUGGUGAUGAAUGUCUAGAGAAUGCCAAAAAGACGUUUUUGCCCUUGCCUUUUGCAUCGUAUCCUCCUGUUUUGUUUAAAGAUCCGUUAGACUGGGAGGGUAUUUUGGGAAGUGGAAAAAGUAAUGAUGCACGAAAUCUUCUAAGUGGAUUGGAAAGUAGGUCAAGUGGAUAUUUGCAAUUGCAGCCUGUGACAUUUGAUCCUGCAAACAAAUCUGUUACCCUUCUCAUGCCUGGUUUUGACAAGUCUGAAAUAAAGUUAUACCAAUAUAGGGGAGGAUCCGAGUUAUUGGUUGAAGUUGGGGAUCAAAGACGUGGUUUUCGAAUUGGAGUUGUUAUCGGCUGGUGUUUGUACAGAAAGAUGUUGUUGGUGAAGAAGGUGGUGGUUUAUGGUUAUUUUCCAAGUAACAGGCGGUAUAAGGAGGAGUUUAAACAGGUGCUCGAUGGAAAGACGGUGGUGGUCUUGAGCUUUAAACUGGCGAAUGGGGUGGGUAAGGUGAGGGUCGAUUUCCAUGGUAGUGCAGAUUUCAAGUGA